AAAGCAGAAAGAAGGCUGGAAAAAGAAAAAAAAACAAAGGAGUGGUCAAGACCUAUUAAGUUAUUCAGCUGCACAUUUUAUCAAACACCUUCGUGCUUGACAAUAGAGUGGCUUUACCUGCACUGCUUCGCACUUCACAAGAGGAUACCUCCCAAACUUAAGCUGGCUAAGUUACACAACGAAGCGAUAGCAUCAAGAAUUGUAUCCCAGAAACAAAUUUCUCUUGUUUAGGGGAGUGUUCUCGACAAAGAAUCGUUGAUGGUUUUUUUAAAAAGGAAAGAAUCGCCACUACUGGCGGAAGCUGGACACGGCGGGGAUGCUUGAGCUGGGUGGCCGAGCCGGGAGCAGCGACGUCGAGCGGGAGCAGAAAUGUCGACCGUAGCAGUGCAGACUAGGCGGGAAGCAGCAAAGUCGAGCCUGAGAAGCGAGGUCGAGGUCGAGGCCGGAGCAGCGAGGACGAUAGGAAUCACAGUCACCUGGCUGCUCGACGGAGCAGAUGAGGUAGAGGUCGAGUGUCGUUGGCGGUUUAAAGAAGACGAAGUGAGCUCUGAUGGAUUUGAGGGGAAAAAAAGCAAUGUCCUCUAAACCGAGCAUGACCCGUAUCCUGAACAACUCACAUUUCAGUGGUCCAACCGGUAUUGAGUUGUUAAGAAACCGUUAUAAAAUCGAUAUCUUAAAUAAAUAAUAAUAUGGUAAAUAAAAGACAUAUAAAAUAAUAAUUUAAUAAUUUAAGUGUUUAAAAUACAAAUAAAUGAAUUAAGCGCAUCAGAAUAAAAUUAAUUUAGUUAAGGCGACGAAUGAAGAAUUUUAGAGCGACCAAUAAGGUAAUAAUUUAACAAUUUAAUGACUAAAGUAAAAUUAAUUAUUUACCAAAAAAUCCUAAUAAAGGGAAACAGAAAACCCUAACCACAUCCUCACCCUAAGCGCCGACACUCACUGCCUCUCUCUCUCUCUCAAACUCUCAUUUUUUUAUUUUCUUCCUUCUUCUUUUUUUUUUUCGAUUUUCUUCCACCCACCCCUGGCAGCGUUGCUCAUCGCCUCAUCCCCUCUCUGUCUCUGUCUUUCUCUUUCUCUCUUAAACUCUCAAAUUUAAUUUUCAUUCUUCUGCGAUUCUUCUUCUUUCCUUUUCAUUUGCUAGAACGUAGAGGCGGCGGAGUGCCGCAGAUCUGGGACGUUUAGGACGGGAAGCGGCUGUCCGACGGCUAUCGAAGAUCUGACAAAUCCUUCGGAAAAGCAGAGGUAGGUUCAAUGACUGCUUCGUUGCUUAUGUGUUUUUUUAUUUUUUUUAUUUUGAAUUUCCGAUUUGGAGAUCAACUACUGGUUUAUCGGUUCGAUCGAACGGUCCGGGUUUGUCUUAACAAACUGGAAUAAAGAAAGCCAAAAUAUUGACAUCCAUGGGAUUUGAAGAGUGGGUGGGUUUGAAAUCGGGUUUCCUUGAUUUGGAUCGGGUUGUGAGUUAUCGAUUCACAACCUAUUGGACAACAAAAAAUGGGGAUGGGAUACGGUCACAGCCCCUUUUGGGGGUUGUGAGAUUCACAACCCACUUUUUAGCCAUUGGAUACGCUCUCCCUCCUGUCUCUUUCUUGUUUUUUUCAAAUCUAUGGUUAGGAUUAAAAGAAGGAUAUUUUUGGAAUGGAAAAAUGUUACCACACCCAAUUAUUCUCCCUCCCGUAUAAAUAAAGAAAAAACCUAACUCCUCCCUAACCAUCUCCUCCCUCUCUGCCUCCUCCGUCUCUCCAUCAGACGUGACUGUUGCUGCUGGCUUCCACUACUGUCUCCGCCCACCACAACCGCCGCCGGCCUCCGCCUCCAUCCACAACUGCUGUCGGCCUUUACCUCCCUCCACCCUCCACAGCCUCUGCCGCCCUCCACCCUUGUCGUUACCUCAUCUCUUCGUUUUUCAUAUCUCUUCUUUGUGUGAGUCCCUCUGCCUCUCCGUGCCUCAUCUCUUCUCCUCCCCUUCGUUUUUCAGAUCUGAGAUUUUUGGAUUUUCAUAUCUGGUUUUUUUUCUAGUGGUAGUGGUACUAUGUGGAGUGGUACGCGUACCACUACCAGGUACCAAAUGUUAGUGGUACCAAAUGAUAGUGGUACGCUACUACUACCUGAUACCAGAUGGUAAUGGUACCAAAUUAUAGUGGUACGAUACCACUACCAGAUACUAGAUGAUAGUGAUAGCGAUGUACUGGUAGUGGUACCAGUGGCAGUGGUCGUACCACUAGCGCACUGACGAAGUGGUAAUUUUUUGCAGGUGGACGGGGCGAGUCUGAUUCAAGGAUUUCGUCGGAGAAAGUCUGUCGGUCGGAAAGUCAGCCGGUCGGAGUGGAGUGGCUGCAUGAAAAGGAAGAGAGAGAUAGGAAGAGAGAGUUGUAUUUAUUAUAGUUUAAAAAAAGUAUGUAUUUAAUAUGAGUUUUUAAUUCUCAAUUUAUAAUUAAUACAAAAAAAUAAUUAAUAAAUUCAUUUUUUUCAUACCCAAAAUACCCUUGGUUGUGAAUCUCACAACCCCCUUAAGGGAAGUGACCAUAUCCCGCCCCCAAAAAAUGAUAACCAUACUAAACAUAUUUCUUAAAUCCUCAAUUCAUUUAAUUUGAUAGAUGCAAUAGACCAAAAAAACCAACAAUGAUACUAAAUAGUCUCUUAGUUUGCGCGAGACCUUUGUGUGACAAAGUUUAUAACUCCAGCUCUGCCUUCUAUGUUUUAGGGUUCAUGAGAGACAAUUUUCCUGAGAUAAGAGUUUUCUAAUCAAAGGGUCUUUGACAGAUCUGUAGACACCCUAUUCUGCCUUCUCCGCUUAGGCUAUUGGAGAGUUACGUUUAUUAAUUUUAUUUUCAAUAUCACAGCAGUUGUUACAACGAUACGUGUAGCUUAAUAAAGAUGGAGCAAGAACGGUCUACCUCUCCAAAAAAGAUAUUUAAACUUACAUAACUGGUUCAUGACCCGCUUAAGGGGCAAGAGGUUGUGCCUAUGAAAACUGUGUCUAAUUACCAAGAGAAAGUUGUGGCUGAAACAGAGAGAACCCUAGAGGGACUUGCCUCCUAAAAUCCAUAAUGUUAUAAUUGAAGAGGAAGAACCUUUGAUUGUUGAAGUAACGAGAUUUCGACUCAGAUCAGGUGCGAGCGGUAAGGAUGUUGGGUUUAGUGGUACGUUUGGUAGCUACGGAAAAAUGCUAUGUCAAAUCCACGAAGAUAGAUUUAACUAAAGCAUGGAACUUAGAGCAAAGUUUUCAAAUCACGGAACUAGGCGAACAGUUGUUUGUUUUCCUGUUCUUGGACCAAAGUGACAGAAAUAUGGUAAUUUUUUGGAUGCCCUUGGCAUUAUGACAAUAAUCUCCUCGCGACUACUGAUAUUUUUCACAAGCCAAAAGCUAAGAAGUUCAACACUAUAGAUAUUUGGAUUAGAAUCUAUCUACUACUAUUUGUAGCCCUCAAAAAUACUAAGAUGGCACACAAGAUAUGAGAGCUUUUUGGGAAGAUAGUCCGGGUGGAUAAUCGUAGUGACUGUAUUUUGGGACGAUUUUCUAAGGGUUAUGAAUAGAAAAGGAGAUAGGAACUGAUCCACCAAACAUGUAAGUGAUAAUCCUAGAUGCGCCUAGGGUUGUAUUCCACAAGCUCUUCUAAUGCAUAAUAACUACUCACGCCAAACCAUCAUCGACUUACACAAAAACUAUAGAUGCAUAAAAGUAAAGAUACGUUAUUCUA